GAUGGGAGGAUUUCCUGGUGCAAUGGAUCCAAUGUUUAUGCAAGGUAUGUUCAAUGGCCAACAAGACUUCCCAGGACAACCGCCGCCGUUCAUGCCGCCUCAACAACAACAUAACCAACAACAACCGGCAUUUACAGGACCAGCAAGUCGAGCAAUGCAACAAAAUCGACCGAGCCAUAGUCCCGCGCCACCACCACCUGCACCGGGUGGGUUUGAAGAGAUGCCCAAAAUCCCGACUGGUCCGAGUAAAGGCAGGGGAGGACGCAGCAGGCGCUGAGUUGCCGCUGAUCUUGGGGCCAUGGAGUCGGAGAGUAAAUAAGCAUAGCUGCAUCGAGUAUUCCAUCUGGUGAGCUGAAUCGUGAGAAUUGGUCGUCCAUCAACCAGCAAGAUCAAGACAAACUACAGUACACAACCCAGGACACGAGCAUGGAUCUCGUCAGUCAGCUCGAAGACAGGCUCCUCUUCGCCAUUCCCAAAAAGGGUCGUUUGUACGAAAAAUGCCUGCAAUUCCUUGAUGGCGCCGACAUCAAAUUCUCCCGCAAUCAUCGCUUGGAUAUCGCAUUGUCUCUCAAUAUGCCCGUGGCUCUCAUCUUCCUACCGGCGAGUGAUAUUCCUCGUUUUGUGGCUGAGGGUAAUGUUGACCUGGGUAUCACUGGACAGGAUCAAGUCGCUGAAUCAUGCGCGAUGGAUACCGAUAUCCACGUAUCUGAAUUACUGGAUCUGGGUUUCGGCAAGUGUAAGCUACAGGUCCAAGUGCCCGGUGCAGGGCCUAUCAAGCGGGUGGAAGACUUGAUUGGCAAACGCGUCGUGACCUCGUUCGAUGUCAUUGUUCGCGAGUACUUCCGCAAGCUAGAGUCCAAGCAGGCUGGCAAGGACAUCAAAGCUUCUGAGAUCCAAACGCACAUCAAGUAUGUCGGUGGCAGUGUUGAAGCUGCCUGUGCACUUGGUGUUGCGGAUGGUAUUGUGGAUCUUGUUGAAUCUGGUGAGACCAUGCGUGCUGCUGGUUUGAUGGCCAUUGAAACGGUCAUGGAUACGUCCUGCUGCUUGAUUCAAUCAUCCCAUCCCAAACACCCAGAACUCAUCUCAACCUUGCUCAAGAGAAUACAAGGCUACAUGUCUGCACAAAAGUACGUCUUGUGCACCUACAACGUCUCGCACUCUUGCUUUGAUGCGUGUGUCAAAAUCACACCUGGCAAGCGGUCACCCACCGUGCAGAAUCUCGAAGGCCAGGUGGAUGGUGAGUCUUGGCGGUCUGUGUCAGCCAUGGUGCCAAAGAAGCGAUGCGCAGACAUCAUGGAUCAGUUGACGGAGGCUGGUGCACACGAUGUGCUCAUCACAUCUAUUCAAAAUUCACGAGCAUAAGAGCCAUUUUUGACAAAGUCUUCCAGAAGAGACAAGAGACGGGUCGUUCCCAUAGAAUUGAUAGACAUCACCCAACAAUCUAAAUCUCAUCAAUGUCAAAGUCGAAUUCGACAUCAUCAUCCUCGCCCUCACCACCAAAGGUAUCCGUUUCAUUGAUCUUUGCAGUCUCUGGCAACUCGCCAUAAGCUUUGAGACUACGCGCCUCAUCCGCCGUGUACUUCAAAAUCACAUCUCCCUUCUCAUCCUGGUAUUCUCGCAGGGAGAGUAAAAUGAUAUCACCUUGAUUGAUCCACACUUUUUUACGCAACUUGCCACGAAUGUGUGCUAGCCGCUUUUCACCAUCAAAGCACGCAGCUUCAAGUCGACCAUUGCCAAGCAUUUUAGUUACUUGCGCAUAAAUUUGACCAUCUUCUGCAAAGACGAGGUCGCGCUUUUCUCCCUCACUAAU